UGUUGCUUUCAGGGGUGUGGAGUCGGAGUCGGUAAAAAUCUCCGACUCUGACUUCUUUACGAUACGUGUGAUGUUGUGACUUGGUGUGGUGUGGCGAGGUAUGAUUUGCCUACUUCAGAAGAGUGGAAGGGGGUGGAGUUGGUGGAGUCGGAGUCGCAACCUUAAAAUUUUCUGGAGUGUGAGUCAGAAUUUGUUUAUAACCGACUCCACGCCUCUGGUUGCUUCUGCUGCCGCCACAUACAGCCGUCAAUCCCUUCCUCAGUUACCCUCGACUCGUGUGUUCCUGGCCUGGCCCGGUGGUCCUUCACGUGGCCUCUUAUCCUCACGCUCCGUAACAUUUUAGAUUUGAUGCGAGUCGCUUGUCCAUGGGUCAUUUCAUCUCUGGUACAGCACGUCAGGGUGACAUGCUAUCAUUACUUUCCACACGCAUGGGAAAGUCGUCACGUUAUCUUAGCAUGAGCUUAAACCCUGUUAUUAGUAUGCCUGUAUUUCUCAUCAUCAGGCAUCUACCACCUGAUUUAUUUACCUUUUUGAUUGAUCAACAAGGAAUAAUUUAGAGUGCCUGUUUUUUCUCCUAAGCAUUAUGCUGACAUUACGCCGUCUACUCAUCCCACUGUCAUGCAUUCAGUUGAUGUUUUGGAAUCUUAUGUGAGCUUUAUAAUUUUUCUAUUUCAUACUCUUGUAGCUAUUUCGCGCGUCUCAGGCACACUGGACGAUAUUGAGGGGACUGUUGGUCACGAGGGCACGCGGCCGUGGUCUCACCUACAUCAUGUGCAAACUUGAUCUGCUGAUCUUAUACUCCCGCUGUGAUGCACGCCUCGUCUGACGGCUGACUAAGAAGCACCCGCCCAACCACAUCAAGCGGCCCAUGAACGCCUUCAUGGUGUGGUCGCAGAUGGAGCGGAGAGAGAUCAUAAAGUUUGCCCCUGACAUGCACAACGCCGAGAUCUCCAAGCAACUGGGCCGCCGCUGGAAGAUGCUGACGGAGGAGCAGCGGCGACCGUACCGGGAGGAAGCUGAACGCCUCAAGCAACUGCACAACCGGGAAUACCCCAACUACAAGUACCGCCCACGCAAGAAGGGUCAGAAGGCCCAGCUCAAGGGCGUGUCCGAGAAGGGUGGCGGAAAGGUUGUCAAGGCCAAAGAUCACAACAGUGGAAAGGACCGAAUCAAGAACGUUGUGAACGUGACCAGCAACACCCACAUCACCCACACACAGGGCCUUGACGUCGACCACAACAAACUAGGCAUCAAAAUCACCAUUGAUGACGACUUCAAAAGAACCCACAGAAUGCCACAGAGCAGGAUCAUGACAUUGACGCCACACUCUCCUCCCGAGGUACCUGCCAGCCCCCCUUGCGAGCUGCCAGACUCUCCUGAGAGUGCCUCAAUGUACGAAGACCAACCGGCCUUCAACUACAGCCCUUCCGUCACCGGUCUGUAUCACUCAACGAGCGCGUCAACUGCCACCAACACUCCACCCAGCUUCUCCCUCCUCAGUCACACAGCGUCCGGCCCCGUCACGGUCACCAGUCCAAGCAUUAUCAAGCAGGAGCCGGAGGACCCGCUGUACGAGGCGGUGUACACGCCCCAGAGCCUCGCCUCACCUGGCCUCAGCUCACCCAACAGCGAGUUCUCCACGCCCACUCACAUCAAGACGGAGAUCAAGACCGACUGCCACAGUCCCAACGAGCUGCAGACGGAGCACGCGACGCUUGAUGAUCUGUACAACAUCACGGACUUCAUCCCCAUUUCGGACAUGAAAGUCGACCUUGAAUCCAUAGAUCCUGACAUCGACUUCGACGCCGUCAGCACCAGUUCGGGAUCCCACUUCGACUUCUCCAGCGUGGCCGACGAUACCGAUCCUCUGUUGUGUGACACAUGGAUCUGCGGCCGAAAUUUCUUGCCGUAAGAGCUGCCACAGGCACUUCAUUAAAGAGUGCUUGCUCUUUGUUCACCUUUCGUGUCGGCAACGAAAGCCAAAACUUUUGAAUCAUCUGUCCAGCAUAGAUUUUAAUGUAACCUAGUGAAGACAAAAUAGUAUUGUACACGAGAAAGAGACUUGUUGGACGGGACCAAAACCAAACUAAAUAAUCUACAUAACAAAUAAUGACAGUCCUACCAUGCUUUCAAAACCUCCAUAACGGUGCCAGUGCCUUCAACCAUUGCUUCUUAGGACUUUCAAAUUACAGGACCAACCCGAGACACCAGCCGCUGUGAACCAAGACAGUCUCAUCCAUGAAGAAAGACAGUGCACAAAAAUCAACUCGGUGAUGCAUUAUAUAUAUAUAUAUAUAUAUAUAUAUAUAUAUAUAUAUAUAUAUAUAUAUAUAUAUAUAUAUAUAUAUAUAUAUAUAUAUAUAUAUAUAUAUAUAUAUUCCCUCCACAAGCCUCAUUGGUCAUCCAUUGUACAUAUAUACAUAUGAAUGAAAACUCUGGUUCUGUUACUCUCGUGAAAGAUCGAACGUUCGUCUGUCUGGGUGCAAGUCAAUGAUGGAACUGUGAAUAUUAGAGGCUUACUGUGAUGCUUUCUCCUUCGUGGUGUGUAGAGGAGGGGGAGGAAGACGCUCGAAUGAGGAAGUUAAUGAAGAGACUCACUGAACGUCUUGCGGCUUUAACAAAUUAUAUAUCUAUAUAAAUACAAUGAUAAAAUACAAAAAAAAAUAUCGGAUGCAGGAGAAGCAUUGUGUAUAUUUCUCAAUACUGGUGACAAAGGAUCGACAAGUAUCAAGAAGGUUUAGGAGUGAGGACUGCCCGACGUCUUGCCAGCCCCGACGAGAGGAGCUUCGCCCCCCCCCCACCAGCCCCAUCCUUCCUGGGGGCUGACAGCUGGCCGCCCCUGUCCUCUGCUCACCGCGCGCCCUGCCAACAGCACGGAAGGAGAGCAGGCGGCCUGGCAGAGGGCGAACCGAGGCAGGUGCGAGGGGAAGAGGGAGGCAGGUGUCCCGGAAGCUCUGCCAUCACCUGAGUACCUGAGGGGACCACAUCGAGGUGACUGUGCAGAUCUGCCAGAACGAACCCUGCGGAACUCCCGGGAAACCAGCGGUGCCAUGAGGGACCCACCUCUCUGCCGACCCCUUCUCCCCUGCACCCCUUCUUCCGUCUGUGGGCGCCGCGGGCAUUGGGCAGCGUGCGAGUAACGUCUUUAGUGCAUUAAGCCAAUUACAGGAGCAGUUCAGUGGCGUCCACCUCUUACCUUUCUGCAAAUAAAUAAUCUGUAGUUUCCUAAGUAUUUAUAUUGUUAUGAGAAGUAUAUAUUACCGCUAUGAGUUAUAGGCAAGAGCUGCAAGUUGUUAACGUGGCCGCCGAGGGUUUGUACUUAGCCGACGACGACGCUGGACUCGCUCCCGCCCCACCCACCACCCACACCCACCCGAUUCCCGGCGCCGCCACGCGGGGCGCCGAGACAAAGCAACAAAUGGCAGUUUUUCUUUGUUUGUUUUUGAAUUCUAGUCAGUUCAACAAAUAUUACUAUGUACAGUAAUACUACGUGAACCAUCUCCUCUGCUGGAUGUUUCACUUUUUUUUUUAAUAAUUUGAUGCUUUUUAUUUAAUAUCCAGUUUUAUGUUUACCCGUUCAAAGUUUAUGGAAAAUUUUUGAAUCGGUGGAAGGAUUUUUUUUUUUUUCGUGUGUUCAGACUUUGGCUAAUAAAAUGUUGCUCAAGCAGUGUACCGCAUGGCCGAGUGUACCUUCGGGGACACUGUACCUCUGAGGAGCACUGUGCGCGCCGGAGGAACCUGUGUAAUUCUAGCACCUCUACCCCGGGAAACCGUUUAUCCUUGGGGAACAUUACCCCAGGGAAACAUUUGUACAUUGGGGAACGUUGAUGUACCUUUUAAGAGCAUUUGGUACCCCAGGAUGCACUCUGUAUACCAUAGGGGAGCACUUACCCCUGUGGUAGCACCGUGCACCCUGGGGGAGGGUGUGUGUGUGUACCUCGCGCCGCACAGUGCACCGGCAGAACAAGCUGCAAGAAGGUUCAUCCCGUCAGAGGUUUUUCACAAAUGAUCUCAAGCUUCAGCGAAUCCCAACCCAUCUGAACAGUGUCUUAUUUGUGCAUUACCAUUACUUUUUGUUUUGUUCUCUUGGCUCUGCCCUCUUUCUUUCCUUCUACUCGAUAUCUAUUAUUAUAUUAUUGAUCAUAUUUUGUACAGAGUGUUAUAAUGAGAUAUUCCUUGUACAGUUAAACUUUAUGGCAUUUCUCCGAUAUUGGAAGUUUUAUAUAUUUUGUAGUGUAGUGCUCGCCUCCCCAAGUCAGGGGUUGGCUGGCUGGUGGGAGAAACAAAUACAUUUUUGUAUGUUUCAAGUGAA